UGUGGCCUAAUGCCGGACAUGGGCGGGGCCAGUAAAUGGUGGCAUCGCUGCUUGUCAAGUCCUGCCGUCUUCAGGUUCUUGUCCAGGCAGACAGGCGCUGUUUGGCACGCCGUAACACACCAAGUACUUGUGCACAGUACCUACACUCUGGGCUCUUAGUAAUUAAGUUCAAUACAAUUUAUUGUUAUGUAGUGCCUUCCACAACAGUGUUGCCCCAAGGCACUUGGAAUAAGGGUGAUGAAAUUAAUCAUUACAUCAUUUAUACAGACGAAAGAAAGAAAGCCAGAACACAACAAAAGAGAAAAGAACCACUGGAGGGCCAAAGUCAACUGACCGCCCUACCCUGUUGAAGAUUCCCAGGGCUGGACACACUGUGGAUCGUUCUCUAUGCUGGGCUGACGCUCAUGGCCUUGCUGUCCGUGCUGCUCUACCUGGAGGAAUGCGUCUACUUCUUCCAGAAGCUUCCAUACCCCAAGAAGACUGCCAUCAUCUGGGUGAAUGGGGCAGCACCGGUCAUCGCAACCAUGUCCUGCCUGGCUAUGUGGAUCCCCAAGGCCACCAUGUUCACGGACCUGACCUCUAACUCGUACUUUGCCAUCGUGGUGUACCAGUUCCUGGUUAUGAUGAUAGAGGAGUGUGGUGGGGACGAGGCUUUCCUGCGGCGCUACAGCCAGAACAAACUCCGGAUCAGCACCGGGCCCUGCUGCUGCUGCUGUCCAUGCCUGCCCCACGUGGGCAUCUCACGGAGAACGCUGUUCAUCCUCAAGCUGGGCUCCUACCAGUUUGCGCUGCUGAAGACCGUCCUGAGCAUCCUGUCCAUCGUGCUGUAUGCAAACCACAACUUUGACCCUUGGAAUACGAACAUCACAGGAGCUUCCAUCUGGAUCGGCCCAUUCACAGGCAUUCUGACCAUCAUCGCCCUCUGGCCGGUCUCCAUCAUCUUCAUACACCUGCGUGACACCUUAAGGGACCUGAAGAUCGUCUCCAAAUUCGCGAUGUAUCAGAUGGUGCUGAUCCUGAGCCAGCUCCAGACAGCCAUAAUCAACAUCCUGGCUAUGAAUCACGUCAUUCCCUGCUCACCACCCUUCUCCUCGCAGUACAGAGGAUACUUGAUGAACCAGCAGCUGUUGAUCGCAGAGAUGUUCCUCAUCACACUAGUGACACGCCUGCUGUAUCGCCGUGAAUACAGGCCGCUGCCCGCGGCUCCACAUGCUGGGGAGAACGGGGAGACCAGCAUCAUCCUGCAAACAGAGCUGACAGAUGUGACAGCGUGACCUCGGGGCGACACGCUGCCGGUAUACCCGAAGGAGUGACCAACGUCACUAAAUUUGUCACAUUCCCAUUGUGUAGCCAAUGCUUUCUUACAAAGUCGGUCUUGUGUCUGUCCUGUGGUUCCGAAGUCUUCCAGCAAGGUCCAAGUUUGCCCUCAUAGUUUUUAUUUUGUUUUGAGCUUCUGAGUUUGCUUCAGCGGCAAGAUCUCCAACUAAAGCGCAGAGGCUGGGGGCUUCCUGAGCUGAAGCUUUAUGCUGAGCCUAUCUGCCAUUAAUGAAAGUGCUUCAUGUCAACGAUAAGGCUGCCCUGAGCUGGCACCAUGUAACCCGCAGAAUAGCAAAAAUACCCUCGAGGGCAGAGUGGGAGGAAUUUCCAGUAUUUCAUGCUGCCAUCUUCCCUUAUUUGGCUCCGUGUUUUCAUUACGCAUACUGCUGCCUUUCCGCUAGUUUCACGGCGUGACACCCGAACCCCCCAGACUGAUUCAUACUGCUGCGUCAAUGCCUUACCUUCUAUAGCUAUGGACCCUGUGCCCCUCCCCAGAAGUGUAACUACAGGUUGCAGUGACACAGACUGCAAGAACUCUUAUUGGUCCACUUUUCAUAGCGAUCAUUGUUUAUUAUGAGAGUGAAGAAAGUGUACAUCCCAGUUGUACUUAUGUAGCUGCUUGAAAUUGAAGAGCUACUUAUAUCUAGCAUUAAAUAACCCACCCUGGGCAUCAUAGCAACAGGUCUACAAAACACUCAGGGUGACAGCGCCAACUUCACUUACCUCCAUUAAGUUUAUUUGUGCUUUACAAGACUAAAAAAAUAAGUAGAAAGUUGUAUAGUAUACUAGCUUUAGAAAAUGCAUAAACAGUGACUUUGUAGCAGCUUGACAUUUUUCCAAAUUUGUGUACAGGAUGAUUGGAGCAGCACAAAUGUAACCAGAACUCAGUAAAUGUAUACUUUGUUAAAUGUUUUUUUCUGUUUCAAUUGCAUGAUUCAACAAUUGAGUAUUGCAGGGUGGGAAGACAAUAAAUGCAACAUUCAAAGCUA